AACUGCCCGAAACUCGUUUCCGCUAUACAUUUGGAUACGCUCCACACUGGGAUCGUACAAAUGAGAGAUGAAAGAAAAGUUUGAGACAUCAUGUGGUAUCUGUACAACAUUGAAUAAUUUUUUCUCUCCUUGAUCCUUGAACUACCAAGUACCAACAUCACUGGGAACAUUUUCUGUUCUCUCUCACUAACCGAUGCAUCGUUUCUCUCUUCCCUAGUAAGCUUUCUCUCUCCCCCCCCGCGCUCUCUCUCUCUCUCCAUAAAAAAGCAGAAGAUACCCGCCAUUUCCUAUUCCUCCCUUCCUCAUCACUCUCCCCUAGUCCCUUCCUUUUCUUCUCCCAUUCACACACCAGAUUUUCACCAAAACUCUUUCGAUUUUCUUCCUGUAGAAAGAUUGUACUACGAGUUUUUCGGAGUACAAUGUAGGAGGUGAAACAGCGAUCUCGUUGGACCAGACGUCGGGAAAUGGCCACGUGUCACCGGAAUAACGUCGGAUCGGUAGUGCUAUCCCGCACCAGGAGCGGGAACUCGCGGCUAUGGACGGCGAUUUCCGGCGCAUCGCUCCGCCGGAUGAUCAUCGGCUCGUUGAUUUGCGGGGGGUCGUGCCACGGUGUCGAAGGCGGAUUUGCGGCGGAACCGUCGCCGGAAACCCCAAAGCAGGAAUCCGUAUCUGUAUCCGAAAUGAAGAAAGAGAAUAACGGGGGAUUGGAGAAGAAGUUGUCGGAUUUCCUGAGGCUGUCGGUGUCGUCGGAGGCGGGACUGGACGGCAAGGUGGCGGCGGAGGAGGUAAGAAUGAAGGUGGAGACGUUGGAGGAGUUGAAGGGGGUGGUGAAAAGGUUGCAAUGCGACGUCCACGUUUCGGGAGGUGCGGCCAUCGAGGUUAGGAGAUUGGCGAAGGAGAAUAAGGAGGCGAGAACAAAUCUCGGGUUGCUCGGUGCGAUUCCUCCGCUUGUUGCAUUGAUCGAUUCGGAAGAUUUGGAUGCGAAGAUCGCCUCUCUAUACGCUCUCCUCAACCUUGGAAUCGGCAACAACGCAAAUAAAGAAGCCAUUGUUAAAGCAGGAGCUGUUCACAAGAUGCUAACCCUGCUUGAAUCUCCAAAUGGGUCUCAGAACCCGGCUAUUGCAGAGGCAAUCAUUGCAAAUUUUCUUGGCUUAAGCGCGCUAGACUCCAAUAAACCAAUCAUCGGUUCUUCCGGUGCGAUCCCAUUCUUGGUGAAAACCUUGAAAGAGUUGGAUAAAUCAAGUAGUGCCCAAUCAAAGCAAGACUCUCUCCGAGCGCUUUACAAUCUUUCCAUUUCACUUGCGAACAUACCAACGAUUUUAGAAACCGACUUGGUGCCAUUUCUCUUUAGUACGUUGGGCGACAUGGAGUUUAGUGAAAGAAUCCUCUCGAUUCUAAGCAAUGUUGUAUCGGUCCCUGAAGGUCGGAAAGCAGUCGGCAUUAUUCCAGAUGCAUUGCCGAUUCUAAUUGAUGUGCUGAAUUGGACUGAUUCAUCUGGGUGUCAAGAGAAAGCAUCGUAUAUUUUGAUGGUUAUGGCUCACAAAUCCUAUGGAGAUCGACAAGCCAUGAUUGAGGGUGGGAUUGUUUCAUCGCUGCUUGAGUUAACUCUUUUAGGUAGCACCUUAUCGCAGAAAAGGGCUUCGAGAAUUUUGGAGUGUUUGAGAGUAGAUAAAGGGAAACGAGUUUCCGGAAGCUUCGGAGGUGGUUCCGGCAUUAGUGGUGUUAGUGCUGCUGUGUCCGCUCCUAUAUGCGCAUCUUCGCCAUCAUGUGGUGACCCGAAUCUUCAAUUGGAGUGUUUGGAGGAGGAAGAAGAGAUGAUGAGCGAAGAGAGGAAAGCAGUGAAGCAAUUAGUCCAACAGAGCUUGCAAAACAACAUGAGGAGGAUAGUGAAGAGGGCGAAUUUGCCGCAGGAUUUUGUUCCAUCGGAUCAUUUGAAGUCCCGCACAACUCUUGCAACUUCGAAGAGCUUGCCGUUUUGAGAAGGUUGGAGUAAUUCAGAAGAUGAGGGGAGAUCCAGGGAAGGAUUCGCAACAAGAUUUGGAUUGAGGGAUAAUAGCUAAGCCACCAGCAGACUAGUGUGGUAGGGAGUUUGGGGAUCAUCUUGUUUAGAAACGUUGCUUUGAUGCACAAAACGUGUGUUCGGUCGGGUUUGGCUAAAAAACUAAUCCAGAUUAUUGGCUUAUUUGCUUAUUCAGCCAAUAAUAAGUCAAAUUAAAUAAGUCAAGUCAUUCUUCCUAUGUGCACCCAAUAAGCCAAAUUGACAGGAUCUUUUUAGCCAAACCAGACCUUAGUGCAUCAAAACUGCUCCAAAAUGAAGUUUUUAUUUUUCUAUGUGAGGAAGAGUUGGUUUGGCCUAAUGAAUAUUAUGUGGCCCCUGUUUUGAACUGAUGUGUGACUGUUUUAUUGCUCCUCAGUUGUAAAUAUGUUUGUUGUGAAUAUUAAUUUAUCCCUUAGAGGUUUGGGGUUAAAA